AUGAAGUUCUUGAAGAUUCAAAUACGAACGUGGAUUUAUGAAACUAAUACGACGUGUGAAUUGGCAGAAGUGGAAAGCACGAAAUGGAAAGAAUUGUUAGAAAUAUAUACGAAUGUAUUAGAAGCGUUUGAUAUUUACAUAAGAGUUUAUCAGAUACAGAUUCUCUAUCAAGUACUGGAAGUGUUCGCGCACGCGUUGAUUUACGUCGAGGUUUUCAUAGAAUUUAGUAAAUUACCUGUAGAAUAUACAGUUUCGUGGUUAGGCUUAUUGCUGACCAUCAUGCUGUUGAAGAAUCUGAUCAGUUUGACAAUACUUUGCUUUUCCUGCGAUGAGUUCUACAAGACCAUAGACUAUACAAAUGACUUUGCUGCUUCUAUGAUGGCCACUGAUAUUUCUCAAGAAGCUAGAAGAUUCUUCAAGAACGUUCGCCGCACGAAAACUGCGGUGUUCCACAAGAUGGCCGCUUGCGGUUUGGUCUGCGUGGACGCAGCGUUGCCGCUACGACUAUCGAGUCUUGUCACUACUUAUACUUUAGUUUUGUUGCAGUUUGUCUUUUUGUAA